CGCAUUCGCCUGGGGAACAGCUUCCGAGGCAUGCUGGUAGCCCCGCCUUGACAGAAGAUGCUGGCGGGCAACGGAGUCCCCAAAGUCUGGAGAUUGCCCGUCUCUCACGUAAAGGUCGUUGGCGGAGCUACCCAGCUUUACUCCCGUUGUGGUCGAAGAGAACGAGCGACCGAGAGGAAACUGCUGCCCCAGCGGUCGGAUACGACGCGGUGGGUACAGUGCUUUUGCUGGCUACCAUGUUUGUGUUAGUAGAGAUGACAGAUACAGUACGAAUUCCUCCAUGGCAGUUUGAAAGGAAGCUUAAUGAGGCAAUCACUGAAGAGUUAAAUAAGAAGUUAGCCAAUAAGGUUGUAUAUAACGUUGGCCUCUGUAUCUGUCUAUAUGACAUUACAAAGCUGGAGGAUUCCUACAUAUUCCCAGGAGAUGGUGCAUCACACACAAAAGUGCAUUUUAGAUAUGUUGUAUUUCAUCCAUUUUUGGACGAAAUUCUGGUUGGAGAGAUAAAAGGCUGCAGUCUUGAAGGUGUUCAUGUUUCUCUUGGGUUCUUUGAUGACAUCCUCAUUCCUCCAGAAUCCCUACAACAGCCUGCCAAGUUCGAUGAAACGGAACAGGUAUGGGUUUGGGAAUAUGAGACUGAAGAAGGAGCUCAUGACCUGUACAUGGAUAUGGGAGAAGAAAUACGUUUCCGUGUGGUGGAUGAAACUUUCAUUGAUACAUCCCCAACAGGCCCAAGCUCUGCAGAGCCUUCCACUUCUAGUGGCACUGAUGAGGCACAGAAGAAAGAAGCACCCUACACCAUUGUGGGAUCUAUCAGUGAACCCGGCUUGGGUCUCCUAUCCUGGUGGACCAACAGCUAACCGAAGGAAAAGAUUUGGCAAGAUGGACAGUUACACUGAAAAAGCCAGGAGAUGCCUUAAUCAACAGUUGCAGAACAGUAGCUGUUUUUCCCCAUUUCUGCUUUACAUUAGAUCAAUUCAACCUGAUUGAAAUGUAGUAAAUAAAUGGGUGCAUCUAGUGGAAUAUCA